AUGGCACAAAUAGGACUGGCAUCGAUGGGUACACGCUUAAACCGCCCCACCCCUGCUGAGCUGGAGAAGGGAGACAACGUUCUUUUCGAAGAGGCCAAUGGAAGUGACCGAUCUACAGACGGCGAGUUCACCUGGACAGCUGAGGAAGAGAAGAAGGUUCGACGCAAACUUGACCGAGUAAUUGUUCCGCUCACGACCUUUCUGUACCUGCUAUGUUUCCUCGAUCGUGUAAAUGUUGGAAACGCGCGCAUUCAGGGUAUGGGUGAGGAUCUGGGUCUCAACACAGGUGUCCGGUUUAAUUGGGUAACUUCGAUCUUCUACAUUGUCUACAUGUUCGUCGAAGUACCGAGCAACAUCCUUCUCAAGAAACUUGGCCCGAAGUACUACUUGCCACUUCUCGUCUGUGGAUUUGGUUUCGUCUCACUAUGCAGCGCCUUCGUGAACAGCUUCGCAGGGCUGUUGGUCGCAAGGGCCUUCUUGGGUGUGUUUGAAGGUGGUGUGAUGCCUGGAUUGGCGUUCUUCAUCACAUGUUUCUACAAGCGCAACGAACUUUUGUUCCGCAUCGGUAUCUACGUAUCCGCAGCCUCAAUGGCUGGAGCCUUUGGUGGACUGCUCGCUACUGCUCUCGCUCGUAUCCCACCAUGGGGAGCUUCGACUAUGAUCAUCCAUACCUGGCGUAACAUUUUCUUCUUCGAGGGACUUUUUACCGUCAUUGUCGGCCUUGCUGCUCCCUUCCUUAUGCCUCGUAGCCCAGAAGAAUGCUGGUUCUUGAACGAGCGCGAACGGAUGAUUGCCACACAAAGACUUGUGCUGAAAGGAGGAGCCGAUGAGAACGAAAAGACUGAAGUACACCACGUCAAGCGGGCCGUGAUGAACAUCACAAACUACUUCUGUGCCUUUGGUUUCUUCUUCAUCAACAUCACUGUACAGGGUAUCUCCCUAUUCAUGCCCACUAUCCUCAGGGAUCUCGGAUGGACGGCCACCAAGGCACAACUUUACUCAGUACCUCCCUAUGUAUGUGCUUGCUUGAUCGCUAUCGCAGUAGCUUUUGCAUCGGACAAGACGAACCGGCGUGGUGUUUACCUCGCUGUCUUUACGCUCCCGGCUAUUGCGGGCUUCUCCAUCAUGAGAUGGGCGACGGAACCCAACGUCCGAUACGGCGGUAUCUUCUUAAUCACCAUCGGUGCAUUCCCGGGUGGUCCUGGUUUCCUUGCGUGGGCGGCGAAUAACGCAGCAGGUCCUGCUGUCCGCUCCGUCUCGACUGCUUACGUUGUCACACUGGGUACCGCUGGAGGUAUUCUCGCGACUUGGACCUAUACAAGUGCUGACGCGCCACGAUACCCAAUCGGCCACACCAUCAACUUGGUUGGUCAGUGUUGCGUCUGUGUUCUCGCUAUAUUCGGUAUCUGCUACUGCAAGUGGGAAAACAAGCAGCGUGAUAUGGGCAAGCGAGACCACCGCUUGGUCGGCAAGACCGCUGCUCAGAUCAAGGAUCUCGGAUACAGACACCCCGAAUCGAGUCAACGCGGAAUUGAAAACCCACCUGCCGCCCCGUCCACUCUUUCCUUCUUGUCUCUCGCCUUCACGAUGUCGACUACUGUGGUGCUCGGUGCACAGUGGGGAGAUGAAGGAAAAGGAAAAUUGGCCGAUAUCCUGGCCCAUGAGUCGCAAAUCUGCGCCCGCGCCCAGGGCGGCAACAACGCCGGACACACGAUUGUCGCGAACGGUGUCACGUACGAUUUCCAUAUCCUCCCGAGCGGUCUCGUGAACCCUGGCUGCAUCAAUGUCAUCGGAAGUGGCUGCGUCGUUCACGUACCCAGUUUCUUCAAGGAGCUGGAAGCGCUGGAGAAACACGGAUUGAAGACGGACGGAAGAAUAUUCAUCUCGGACCGCGCCCAUGUCGUGUUUGAUGUGCACCAGAUGGUGGAUGGUCUGGAGGAGGUGGAAUUGGGUGGUGGCAUGAUUGGCACGACCAAGAAGGGUAUCGGCCCAACCUACAGCACCAAGAUGACCAGGAGCGGUCUCCGCAUGUGCGACCUCUUCGACGAGCAGAUCUUCGAGACGAAGCUCCGGAGGUUAGCCAAUUCGUUCCAGAAGCGAUAUGGCGAUCUGCUCAAGUACGACGUGGAGGAGGAAAUUACAAAGUACAAGACUCUGCGCGAAAAGCUCGCUCCCUAUGUCGUCGACCAGAUCCCGCUCCUCGCAUCGGCAAAGGAAAAGAACGCCAAAAUCCUCGUCGAGGGUGCGAACGCGCUGAUGCUGGAUAUCGACUACGGCACAUACCCCUUCGUCACGUCAUCAAACACUGGUCUUGGAGGUGUCAUCACAGGUCUCAACUUGGGAUGGCGGUCACUGAAGGAGGUCAUUGGCGUGGUCAAGGCCUACACUACCCGUGUCGGAUCCGGACCCUUCCCUACCGAGCAGCUCAAUGAGGUGGGCGAGAAGCUCCAGUCUGUAGGCCACGAAGUCGGCGUAACAACCGGUCGCAAGCGCCGCUGCGGCUGGCUCGACCUGGUCGUUGUCAAGCACUCGCACGCGUGCAACGACUACACUGCCAUCAACCUCACCAAACUCGACGUUCUGGACGACUUUGACGAGCUCAAGGUUGCGACAUCCUACUCGUACAAGGGCGAAGUGCUCGAAGGCUUCCCCGCGAACCCCGAGAUACUUGCCCAAGUCGAAGUACAGUACGACACGCUGCCAGGUUGGAAGAAGCCGACGACUGGCGUGACAAGCUACUACGACCUGCCCAGCCAGGCGAGGAGUUACAUUGAGUACAUCGAGAAGUUCGUCGGAGUUAAGGUCAAAUGGAUUGGUGUUGGUCCUGCGCGCGACCACAUGAUCACCUUGUAA